AUGUCGAACUCCAGAAUGUUGCUUGAGAGGACUAGUACCGUCGGCUUCAUCGGGUUGGGAGCGAUGGGAAACCAUAUGUUUAAUAACCUCGUUACGAGUGCUGCGAAGAGUUGUAGCCAGUUCAAAAGUUUUGCUAUUUUCGAUGUUAACGAGAUCGCCAUGAACCGCGAGAUUCAACGACACAAGACGGAGCAUCCUCUGGUCCCCAUAUUGAAGUGCUCGUCUCCUGCAGAAGUUGCGACCAAAGCAUCAUACAUCAUCAGCAUGGUCCCCACGUCAGCUCACGUCCAAAACGUCUACACCGGCGAGAACGGAGUCCUGAGUGCCUUGAAAGAGCUCGAUGAGGAGGCACGAUCGCAAACAUUAUGCUUGGAUCAAUCAACAAUCGAGCAAAGUGUCAGCAAGGCGGUCGCGCUGAAGAUGCGAGAAGUGGGAGCCGACAUGAUGGACGCACCAGUGUCAGGGGGUGUUGUGGGCGCAAGAGACGGCACUCUUGCCAUCGUGGUAGGUGGUGACGAAGGGUCUUUUGAAAGAGCUCUCCCGGUCCUGUCACCAAUGGCAAGAAAGGUGACGCACUGUGGUGAUCUGGGAACCGGCCUCGCUGCCAAAAUCUCCAACAACCUCCUGCUCGGAAUCACUAUGCUCGGUUUGAGCGAAGCCACGCUUCUAGGCAGAUCUCUCGGGGUCAAGCCCCAAGUGCUUGCCGACAUCAUCAACAACUCCACCGGUCGCUGCUGGUCAAGUGAGACGAAUCAUCCAGACCCAUCGGUGAAGGUUGGAGUCGCAUCGCCUCCAGCCCAUCGCAGCUAUGAAGGUGGCUUCGUGACCAAGCUAGCCCACAAGGACCUUGGUCUCGCCGUUAAGGCUGCAGAAGGUGCACAUGUACCCCUCGAGCUCGGGAAGCGCUGCGAGGAAGUCUUCAGGCCACUGGCGCGUAGUGAAGAAUGGGGCAACCGCGACUUCAGUAGCGUGUUCCAGGCACUGAGCGACCUCCGAGCCAAUGCUGGACAAUCUCAGGCUGCAUUGUGA